UUUCAGUUAGAACUAAAUACUCACCGCGGUAGGUUUGUAAGUCAGUCCGUUUAGAUUUUGCGUAAAAUAAACCGAUUUUAUCACAGUUGCAAUAAAAUGCAAUUCAUAGCUUCUGAGCAUCCCCAUCGACGAUUCAAUCCAUUGAUUGGCCAUUGGGUGUUGGUGAGUCCACAUCGCAUGCGGAGACCAUGGACGGGGCAACAGGAGGCGCCACAGAAGAGCAACAUACCCGAUUUUGAUCCCACUAACCCACUUAGUCCAGGUGUGGCGCGACCAAAUGGCACAUUGAAUCCUAUAUAUACAGGAACAUUUGUUUUCACAAAUGACUUUCCGGCUUUGAUGGAGGACAAUCCGGUACCACCACCGUCAGAUGAUCCCCUAUUUCAAGUGUCGGAGGCAAGAGGUACUUGUCGAGUUAUGUGCUUUCAUCCUAAAUCGAAUGUAACACUGCCACAAAUGACUGUCGGCGAAAUAACUGCCGUUAUAGAUGAAUGGAUCAAACAGUUCAAUGAAUUGAGUAAAAAAUUCCUCUGGGUACAGGUGUUUGAGAACAAGGGUGCUGCUAUGGGUUGUUCGAAUCCACAUCCUCACUGCCAAAUAUGGUGCUGCUCAUUCCUACCUACGGAGCCACAAAUUAAAGACGAACGAUUGCGCAAUUACUACACCAAGAACGGCCGCCCUUUGCUGUCAGAUUACGUAAAACGAGAACUAGAACGUAAGGAACGUAUCGUUGUCGAGAAUCCCGAUUGGUUAGUUGUGGUGCCUUUCUGGGCUGUUUGGCCCUUUGAGACUCUACUCAUAUCAAGAAAUGACAACAAACGCAUAAGCGAUGUUUGUUCAACUCAGCGAGAGAAUUUGGCGAAAGUUAUAAAGGAAUUAACAACUAAAUAUGAUAACCUAUUCCAAUGCUCCUUUCCAUACUCAAUGGGUUUUCAUGGAGCUCCUACUGGCGAAGCAAUCGGCGCUGACACGUCUCAUUGGACACUUCACGCACUUUACUAUCCGCCUCUAUUGCGCUCUGCCACUGUGCGCAAAUUCAUGGUCGGAUUCGAAUUACUGAAUGAGUCGCAACGCGAUUUGACACCAGAACAAGCAGCUCAACGUCUGCGUGAAAUUGAUGGUGUUAAACAUUAUUUAGAAAAUUGAUGAAAAAAAGGAUAUACAUAUAUGCAUACAUAUAUAUGCAUAUAAUAUGAAACGACAGCAGGUGUAGUUAAGUUCGAUUAACAGGGAAGUAAACAACUUAUAUUUUAUCAGAGACCUCACAUAUGCCAUUAUAUGUAUAUGUAUAUUAUAAAAAGAAAAUCCUUAAAACUAAACGGUUAAGACAAUUUUAGAUAAUAUAGGGAGAACAAGUUAAAUGUAUAAAUGAUUUAUGAUAGAACCAAAGACAAAAUAUUAAAAAUAUUAGUUUUCCAAUUUGUUAAUAUAUUGAAUAUUUAUUGUUUCAUACAUAGAAAGCACAUAUGCACAUCAAUAUGCGUGUAUAAUGUAAAUUUUAUUUAACCUACUAUCUAAAAGUCUGUCUUUGCUUUAAAUAUAUAUGAAUAUAUUAUUGAAAA